AAGAGCGAUUUUGAGUGGAGACGCUGUCGAUCCAGCAUUCUCCGCAAGCCCCACAACUUGAAGUUCAACUUCAAGUUUCUGACGCGCCCUUCCAAGAGAACGUCAGACUCAGAGUCAUAGGAUCGCUUCCCUCUCUCUGAGUUUGUCUCAACACAUGUACGACUGUUCCGUUUUGAUGUGAUGCACCAGCUUACAGGAUGCUCGUACAGGUGCAAUGGCGAAGAAGAAGGUGCAAACUCAGGUGAAAGUAGCCAAAGGGACGAAGGCGGCGGCAGCCGCCCGCGAAAAAGACAGCCCCAGCACUCCAGAAGUGGUGGUGGGCAAGAAUGCUGAGAGGAAGCGACGCGAAGCGAUCCGGCGGGCCAAAGAAAAGUUGAAGGGGGGUUCUGACAUUGCCCUCUUUCGGGAGCAGCUUCGCGUCAUUGGUUUGAAGAUUCAGGAGGUGACCGCUGAUGGCAACUGCUUUUUCAGAGCAAUUGCGGACCAACUAGAGGGGGAUGCGGGCGAUCACGUCGCUUACAGAGAACGGGUGGUGGAGUAUAUGGCGGCCCACGAGGCCGACUUUGCACCAUUUGUAGAGGACGACGUGCCACUUGAGAAGUACUUGCAGGAGAUGCGUGAGGACGGGACAUGGGCGGGCAACAUGGAGCUGCAAGCGGCCAGCUUAGUAACGAGGGCCAACAUCUGCAUACACCGGGUCCAGUCCCCCAGGUGGCACAUCAGAAACUUCGACGUGGCUGAAACGCGAACCAUCCACCUGUCCUACCAUGACGGAGAGCACUACAACAGCGUGCGUCGAGAAGACGACCCGGGGGGAGGUCCAGCGCUGCCUAUUCACGUUGAGGGCGACGCCCAGCUCAAAGGCCCCCCCACCGCUCAGAAAAAGUCUACCGCGACUCCGAGAGGUCGCUCCAGUUUCCGGGAGGAGGACGUGACGCGGGUGAUUGCCAGCACUCCUUGUCGAGACGAGGAGCGGAUACGACAAGUCUUGCUCGAUCUUGCCGGCGACGUCGAUGCUGUCAUCGAGUUUUUGAUCGCCGAGGGCAGCUCCGAGAGCGCGCUAGCGAAUGGUAUCGCCGAGGACGGGGUGUUUUCAGAGCGUCCGGCAGAGGCGUUAGCAACGAUGCACGAAGGGGCCCCGUUGGCUUCAAAGUCCUUGGAGCCCGCAUCUCCGACCGACGCCUGCACGCUUGACAUCGGAAGACAGGGCGAAGACAGCGGGAAUGGAGAGACUGCGUCAACUUCGGGGGCAGAGAAGCAGCCUGCGGCGCGCAACAAGGCGGUCGAAAGCCGAUCGGAUCAGGCCAGCUUCCGAGGUGUCGAAUCGUCAAAGGAAACAAUCGCAAAGGCUCGGUAA